GCAAAGCAGGCUGUGGAGCGCGGAGGCUGCGAACGCCCUCUGGCUCCGCGACCCACCGGCCUCAGCUCCGGGCUGUGCAGCCCGCGAAUGGGUACGGAUCCCGACGGGGAGGAGGGGCUCAGCCGGCGGGGGGAAGAGGUUAAGAAGUGGCUGCCUGAACUAUUUUGCAAAGAAUAACCAUUACAAAGCAUUGAAUACAGCAGUUCACCAAGAAGAUCCUGUUGGUUUGGGGGGAACACGGCUUUCAGCGGCCACAAAGUAUGCUGCCACUCAGGUGCCAUCUGAACCAAGCUCCUCCUCAGGUUUUGUGUAGGUUCUGUGCCGUGAUGGGGAAAUUGCAAAGCAAACUGAAACACAGCACUUAUAAAUACAGCAGGCCUGAUGGAAUUAUAGAAGACAGAAUUCAUACCAAAGCUUUUCAAGAGUAUACCCCAGCUCACGUGGAUACCGUCUCUGUUGUUGCUGCUCUGAACUCAGACCUUUGUGUCUCUGGAGGAAAAGAUAAGACAGUUGUGGCCUAUGAUUGGAAAACUGGAAACGUGGUGAAAAGGUUCAGAGGACAUGAACGUGAAAUCACCAAGAUAGCCUGUGUUCACAAAUCAAACCAGUUCUUCAGCGCCUCUCGGGACAGGAUGGUCAUGAUGUGGGACUUGCAUGGUUCCCCACAACCAAAGCAGCAGUUCUCUGGCCAUGCCAUGGUGGUCACUGGACUGGCUGUGAGUCCAGACUCAUCACAGCUGUGCACUGGCUCUCGGGACAACACCCUCCUCCUGUGGGAUGUGGGGACCGGACAGUGUGUGGAGAGAGCUUCAGUCUCCAGGAACCUGGUCACUCACCUGUGCUGGGUCCCCAGAGAACCAUAUAUACUACAGACUUCUGAAGAUAAAACCAUCAGAUUAUGGGAUAGUCGGGGGCUGCAGGUGGCUCAUAUAUUUCCCACAAAGCAACACAUUCAGACCUACUGCGAAGUCAGUGAGGAUGGACACAAGUGUAUCUCCUGCAGCAACGGCUUUGGAGGAGAAGGCUGUGAAGCCACGCUGUGGGACCUAAGGCAGACGCGGACCAGAAUGUGUGAGUAUAAGGGGCAUUUCCAGACUGUGGCAUCCGGUGUCUUUCUACCAAGAGCCUUGGCCUUGAUGCCUGUCAUUGCUACCUCAUCACAUGACUGCAAGGUGAAGAUUUGGAACCAGGAUACUGGAGCCUGCCUGUUCACCUUGUCGCUGGAUGGAUCAGGACCUUUGAAUUCCCUGGCCGUUGGCGACACCAUCUCCUUAUUGUGUGCAAGUUUCCGCAGAGGAAUUCACUUACUCAGGGUGGACCACAGCCCAGGACUGGAGCUGCGGGAAGUGGCAGCAUUCUGAGACCAAGAGAUGUUUGCUGGACAAUGUCGUCCCACAGCCCCUCCUUUCUCAGUGUGGCUUUGUGGCUUUCCAUAUUAUCUUGGGGGGAGGGCGAUGUGGGGCUCAUGCUCCUUGCUUAGGUUCACUUAGAAAGUACUAUGUCAGUGUUAGAAAUCAAUUUAAGUCCAGUGGUUCAAAAUCAGGUGCAGAGUUUAGAAACAUGGACUAAACAUAAGGUUCUCAAUUUAAGUUAAAUCCAAAUGAAAUUUUUAGUGAGCUUUUGGGACUGCUCUUUCAAAGAAACAAACAAAUUUAUGGCUCAAAAUGAUGACCUAUAGGUAUAAGGGUGAUAGGCCUCUGUCUGUAAGAGUCAGAACACAGCGAUUGAGUCUAUUGAACUGACUUUUUUGAUGUCUCCGCAAAAGAAAAAAAUGCAAGGGGAAGAGAAUGUCUGUUUUGGUUGCCUCGAAAUGAUCUAGGUGGGAAAGAAUAGUGCAGCUCCAUAGAGGAAAUAGAUUGUAGACAUAAGCGCCAAUCACUGCUCCUCAGCAAUGUGAAGAAUGGAAGUUAGGACAAGAAAGCAAAACCUUGGCUUCUGCUCAAAACAGCAGCAGAGAGGGAGGUGGCGGCAAAUUCCUGCCAGGUCUUGGUACCUUCCUAGACCGGUGCAGAGGUUGCAUGAAAAUAGGACCUGGGAUGGCUUGAAGAGGCUGUAACAGUAGAACAUACAGAAAAAUAUAGAGCCCGGACUCAACCGUGCCGGUCACUGAGCCCCCCUAAAUGAGGAGGGGCAGGGCGCUCAGGUCUGCCUGUGUGGCCCCCAGGAGAUCCGUCCCCACCUGGUGCUCACAAGCCCAUUUUCCUCCAGGGAAAAUAGAGCCCUCCUGCCUUGAGCAAGCCCAUGGAUCAGGCACCUGAGGCCGGGGGAUUUCCUUUCUGAUGAGUCUCAGCCAAGGAGAGAUUUUGCCUUUGUCCCCUCUGGCCCCUGCCUGUCCGGUACCAGUGGCUGACAGCCAUCUUCCUGUCCCCCUCCUGCUCCUCCUUAGGCCACCCACCUCGUGCCAUUCCCACUGACUGGGGGAGGAGAACCUGAAGCUACUGCAAAGCGUCAGACCUGAGUUUGAAUCUCUAGCUAGGUCUCCAUUUAGCUGGAUGACCUUGGGCAAGUUAUAAAAUCUCAGUUUCCUUGCUUACUCUAUGGGGCUCAUAAUCAUACAUCGCUCACAGGGCUGUUGGGAGACUGCACAGAACUGUAUUAAAUGCCAUAGCAGGGUAGCUUAUAAAUGGUAGCCAUUGUUACAUACUGCCCUCUCUGUCCAGACUGGGUGCUCUCUUUUCCACAUGAAACAUUUACUAUGUCUUCAUUCUCCUUAGAUCUUAUUUUCUAAGCCUUUAGCCACUGCUCAGCUUCCCUUUGAUUUCUUAAGUUAUGGAUCUUUGCACUCUGGAAGGACAAAGGGGUAGUGGGAGUGGAAGCUACUCCAUUGAGCACCUGCAGGUGGCUGAAUACAUGUAUUCUCACUAUAAUCUCAUUGUUAUUCCCAUUUCACAGCUGAGGAAGCUGAGGCCCAGGGACAUCCAGUCCUUUGCCCAAGGUCACACACAUAGGUAUGAAGGGAAAGAACUGAGAUCUGAACCUGGGUCUGCCUGACUCCAAGCCAGAAUACUUGCCUCCCUUUCCCUUUGCCUUUGCAUGAUGUCACAAAGUUCGUUUUAGAAAUUUAGGGACCAUGACAUUAUGUAUUUUCUAGACCAGCUACUAACUCUUUGGCUCCAAGGAGAUCUUCCUGGCCGGACACCCAGGAGGAGUAGACAGGUGUCUCAGGGGAAGUCCUAGAGUAUCCCAAGCUAGUAGUGCUACAGCUGAUCCUUUCUUUUAGAAGGAAGACGGACAGUAAGUCAGAAAAGUCAAGGGAGUGGAUUGCGAGGGGACCCUGCAGUGAGAGGGAACAUACCCGGGAGAAAAUAGCAGGCCUCUGAUGAAUUAGCAGGGUUCUAGUACCAAUAAAAUUGUUUCCCUAAACUCUA